AUGGCUUUGAUUUUACAGACUUACGACGAACCUACAACUGCCUACUCAGAAACAACUGCGAUCACACGCACGAGUUACACGAUCUCACCGAAGAAGCUGGACAGAGACAUAGAGAAAAGACCAGAAGCAGUACCUCGUAAAGGCAGUCCAGUCGAGGAGAAGAAGGGAGCAAAGGAUGAUCUGAGCUUUUUGCGAACACAGUCGGAGUUCAUCAACCGAGGUGGCGAAGCCCCUUCGUCAUUACCACGAACGGAAGAGAGAACUCAAAUUUUUGAGCCCAUAACCGACACAACCGAAAAACUGAGCCGGUAA